AUGGCUCAGAAAGGAACUAACGUUCAUUCAGAGAAACUCUCUUGUUCCAUGUGUGGGGAUCUGCUGAAGGAUCCGGUGGCUCUUCACUGUGGACACAGCUACUGCAUGAACUGUAUUGAAGCCCACUGGGAUGCAGAGGACGGUGAGAGAACCUACAGCUGCCCUCAGUGCAGGAAGACCUUCAAACCGAGGCCUGUCCUGGAGAAAAACGUGCUGCUCGCAGAGUUAGUGGAGGAGCUGAAGAAGACUGGACUCCAAGCUGCUGCUGCUGAUCACUGCUAUGCUGGAGAUGAAGAUCUGAUGAAGAUGUUCUGUCGCACUGAUCAGCAGCUGAUCUGUUAUCUCUGCUCUGUGGAUCAACAUAGAGGCCACGAAACAGUCUCAGCUGCAGCAGAAAGGAAGCAGAAGCAGAAGAAGCUCCAGAGUAGUCGACUGAACAUCCAGCAGAGGAUCCAGGACAGAGAGAAAGAUGUGAAGCUGCUUCAACAGGAGCUGGAGGCCAUCAACGUCUCUGCUGAUAAAACAGUGGAGGACAGUGAGGAGAUGUUCAUGAACAUGAUCCAUCUGAUCCAGAGAAGAAGCUCUGAGGUGAAGCAGCAGAUCAGAUCCCAGCAGGAGGCUGAAGUGAGUCGAGUCCAAGAGCUGGAGGAGAAGCUGCAGCAGGAGAUCAGUGAUCUGAAGAGGAAAGACGCUGAGCUGAAGCAGCUCUCAGAGACACCAGAUCUCAGCCGUUUCCUCCACAAAUACCCCUCAGCGUCAGCACUCAGUGAGUCCACACACUCAUCCAGCAUCAGCAUCCGUCCUCGGAGGCACUUUGAGGACGUGACAGCAGCUGUGAAAGAGCUCAGAGAUAAACUACAGGACAUUCUGAGGGAUGCAUGGACAAACAUCUCACUGGCCAUCACUGACGUGGAUGUUCUCCUGUCAGAACCAACGACCAGAGCUGGAUUCUUAAAAUAUUCACGAGAAAUCACUCUGGAUUCAAACACAGCACACAGGAAGCUGGUACUAUCUGACGGGAACAGAAAAGUGACAUCAGUGAAUGAACCUCAGUCUCCUCCUGAUCAUCCAGACAGAUUCACCAGAUACUGUCAGGUCCUGAGCAGAGAGAGUCUGACCGGACGCUGUUACUGGGAGGUGGAGUGGACUGGAGAUCGAGCUAACGUAGCGGUCUCAUACCAGAACAUCAGCAGAGCAGGCAGAACAUCUGAAAGCGCAUUUGGAUUCAACGACAAAUCCUGGGCUUUGCGCAGCGACACCAACAGUUGUGUGUUUCUGUACAACAAAACUCAAACCCCCGCCUCAGGUCGUCCCUCAUCCAGAGUGGGAGUGUACCUGGAUCACAGAGCAGGUGUUCUGUCCUUCUACAGAGUCUCUGACACCAUGACCCUCCUCCACAGAGUCCAGACCUCGUUCACUCAGCCGCUACACGCUGGAGUUGGACUUUAUUUUAACGGAUCCACUUUAGAGUUCAUUAAACCUGAAGAGACUCUUUGA